AUGCCUGAGUUCUCCUUCGCCAGCCUCCUGCGCUCCCAGAUUGACGCCCUUGUUGCCGCCCGACUCCCGGCCCUCACCUCCCUCACCCUCAACGACAUUGCGGCCUUCGACGACACCUGCGCCCUGGAGCUGCUGCUGCGCGCCCCCUGGGUGACAAACCUGCGCAGCCUGCGGCUGGAAAACUGCCACGUGCGCGAUGCGGGCAUCGACCAGCUGCGCCACCACCAGCUGCCGCUGCUGCAGGACCUGUCGCUGGCCCGAAACGCGCUGUCGGACAGGGCCGGGGUGGAGCUGAUGUGCGCGGUGCUGCCGGCGCUGCGGCGGCUGGACCUGUCCAGCAACGCGCUCUCGGCGCAGUCCCCCAAGCUGUGGGCCGCGGUCGAGGCCGAGCUCGAGGCCCGGCACGGCCGUGGCCUUCGCUACUGGCUGGGGACCGUGCAGGAGCUGAUUUUCAGCGGCAUGGGGCCCGAGUUCGGCGAUGAGGCGGUCGCCGACCUGGCGCGCGCGCGCCUGCCGUCGCUGCGGUCGCUCUGCCUUGUCAACAGCGGCCUGAGCGACGCGGCGGUGGCGGCGCUGGCGGGCGCGGAGUGGAUGCGGCACGUCGUGUCGCUUGACAUCGGGCGCAACAUAGAGAUUGGCAGGGACCCAGCGCCGUGGGCGGCGCUGGCGGCGGCGCCGCUGCAUGAGCUGCGGCAUCUGAAGCUGACGUUCCUGAUCCUGGGCCGCGGUGCACAGGAGGCGCUCGGUGGCAGCGCCUGGCUGGGCGGCCUGGAGGCGCUCAGCUUCGGACGGCGCCUCGCGGCGGACUCGCCGGUGCGCCGUGCGGCGGCGUUUUUGGCGCUGGAGGCGGCGGGGCGGGUGCUGUAUGACAUACUGUGA